CCCAUCUUCUCUAUAGCCUAUCCCGUCCGGCAAAUUCCCACGAUGCAUUGCCAAUUCAACAAGAUCUUCAUUUCUCUUCUUGUUUUCUUCCUAUCACACUCUACUGCCUUGUCGGAACCGCGGCAGACCACGGCGCAAAACAACCCGUUCACGGCCAGAGCUGCCUUGAUCCGCUACUGGAAUCGCCACAUUUCCACCCGGCUUCCAACCCCACCACCUCCAUUCCUCCUCUCAAAAGCCUCCCCUCUCAAUGCUGCCGAGUCUGCCUAUCUCGCCAAACUCGCAACCACGAGCUCACUCUCCGCCCACCACCGGACCUUCUGCUCCCUCGCCCACUUGUUUUGCUCCUUCGAACCCGAACCCGACUCCCUCCCUCCCAUCGCUGGCUCCAAUGACAAACUAGAUGCCAACUUUGCGGUUUACACUAGCAAGCAGUUCUCAAACUACGGGACAUCGCGGCGCAGCGGGUCUGACUUGUUCAAGAACUACUCGGCAGGCAUUAACACUCUGAACGACUCAUUCAAGAAGUACAGCAAGGGUUCGACAGCCCACAGCGAGGGAUUUGCCAACUAUGCGCUGGAUGGGAACGUGGCCAACGGGAGCUUCGCGAACUACGGGUUUGGAGCCAGCGGCGGAUCCGGAGAUUUCAAGACAUACCACCCUCGAGUCAAUGUUCCGAACCUUCUGUUUACUACCUAUGAUUCGAAUGGGAAGGGCCAUAGGCUGUCAUUCUCGGGCUACAGCAAUAACACGAACUCAGGGAGCGAGGUGUUCAAGAGCUAUGGCAAGCACGGAAAUGGUGUCCCGAGCCACUUCGUCAGCUACGGCGAUGACUCGAACACAGUCGGGUCGACGUUCACCGGUUACAACUUGCUAGGUAAAGGUGGAAAUGAUUCGUUCACAAAUUACGGCGAGACCGGCAACAAUCCGCAGAACAAUUUCAAGAGCUAUAGCGCAGCAGGCAAUGAUGUGACGGACAGCUUCGCAAAUUAUAGGAAUGGAGCCAACGUCGGGGAUGACUCGUUCCAGUCCUAUGCUCACAGUGCAAACUCGGCCAAGACAACUUUCUCUAACUAUGGGAAAUCUUUCAAUCCCGGGAAUGAUACCUUCAAGGAGUAUGGUAAAGGAUCGAAGGGCCAGACCAAGAUUACGUUCAAAUCUUAUAGUUUAGGCCGUACCUUUACGGACUACAUCAAGAAGGGCGUGACGUUUGCCGGGUAUAGCAAUACGACUGACGAUGUCCAGCAUGAUAGGGGCAGUUCUUCCAUGAAUAUGCAGGUAGAGGAGGGAAGAUUCUUUAGGGAGUCCGAGCUCAGGGAAGGGAAUGUCAUGAUGAUGCCGGAUAUCCGCGAUAAGAUGCCAGCCAGGCCUUUCUUGCCCCGAAUGAUCACGUCAAAGUUACCAUUUUCGUUCUCCCGAGUGGCGGAUAUCAGGGAAAUAUUCCACGCAAGGGAGGAUUCGGCAACGGAGCACGUGAUCUUGAACGUCCUAGAGGAGUGUGAGACGGCGCCGAGCCGGGGAGAGACCAAGCAGUGCGUAGUGUCAGCCGAGGACAUGAUCGACUUCGCAGUCUCAGUCUUGGGCCAUGGAAUUGUGGUGCGGACCACGGCGAAUGUAAACGGGUCAACUCAGAAGGUGAUGAUCGGACCCGUCAGAGGGAUCAACCACGGUCGUGUGACAGAAUCGGUGUCGUGCCAUCAGAGCCUGUACCCUUACCUGGUUUACUAUUGUCACUCCGUUCCUAAAGUCAGGGUUUACGAGGCAGAUAUUGUUGACAUGGCAAGCAGGUCGACGAUAAAUCAUGGGGUUGCUAUAUGUCACCUUGACACAUCAGCAUGGAGCCCCGAGCACGGUGCCUUCGUGGCGCUGGGAUACUGGCCAGGCCAAAUAGAGGUCUGUCACUGGAUUUUCGAGAAUGAUAUGACGUGGACCGUCGCUGAUGAUUAGUAAUUAAUUUUUUUUACAUAUUAAUUUAUUGUCUUAUUAUUCAUGUCAAACUUUAUUUUCUCAGUGUAAUGAUCACGAGAUACUUCUAAAUUAUUUAUUUAUUUACUUUUUAGGAGAUAUUCUCACUUAAUGUAAUUGAUUUUCUCCAUUUUACAAUAUUUUUACGAGGUUAAGUUUGGACAUCUCA